AACGAGAGCCUAAAAAAAUCACUGAUACCAAAUUUGAAGAUUGGUUUAGUGCAAUUCAAAGGGUUUGGGAUCGCUAUAACCAAACAGAUCAAAAUCAAAUAACUGAUGCUGAUUUGGAAACCAUUGUGGAUGCUGAGUUAAGAAAAAAAUCAAAUAUCUUCUUAUAUGACGAAUGCAAAAUCCCUAAAUCUGAUGAAGAUAAAACCUAUA